UUGUGCCAGUCUGUGUGCCACGUAAGUGUGCCAGGAAGUCAAAUGUACGAAACUGAACUUUUCUCAGUAACACAACAGAAUGGAUGAAAAUGUGUGCAAAGGUCACUCAAGCCUCUUCACCUGAUAUCUGAUUCCUCACUGCCGCUCCCUCCUCGGGCAGGUGCUCAACUGCAAGCGAGACCUUUAUCAAGUUAGAGGGAAGGCAGGAGAGGGAGGAGGAAAAUGAGAGCCAGUUAGAAUCCAACAGUUAUAGAAAGUGAGUGAUAGAGAGAGCGAGAGAGAGAGAGAGAGAGAGAGAGAGAGAGGGACGGCCAAAGUAGGGGAGGGAAGAAAGGAGUGAGUAGAGAGACAGACACAGUCAGGGGAUCUGCAUUGUGAGUGGCUAACCUUUUUUUGUUGUUGUUUCUCCGAGCAAGCAAUAGCAGUGGAAGAAGGUUUUGUUUUCCAAAAGAAGGGAGCAGGGAAGACAGAAGGAAGACAAGGCAGCAAUGAACAACAGAGCUCCUCAGCCUGAGCCUUUGAUGGUAGGCAGGACCUUCAAACUGUCGCCGACGGCAUCCGUCUGUCGGCCCUGCUAGGAUGCUCACAGCCUUCAGAUCCGGCGUGUUUGAGUAGCCAUGCUUCCUGGGUAUGGACUCUCUCCUUUUCCUGAUUUCCAGCCUCACCAUCACACUUUGCAUUGCAGAGGAGACGGUCCCAGCAUGUGGCUCCCUGGCCCAGGCAAGUCGGCGGCACUGAUCUCUGACGCCCAUCACGACGAGCCUCUGCCCCGCCCGUGUCACCACAAGCAUGUGGCCGUGUGCCAGCAGGAGACUUUGACCUUCAUCGAUCAUCGGCCACCAGCGAGCACUCGAGUAAAUGGACAUGGCUCUCCUUAUGAACAACAAUGUGCCACCUACGCUCCAGCCCUCGACUCUUUUAAACACUCGCAGAGUGAACUAAUUGACUGGGCAAAAAGCUACCAGGGAACGGGCCAGGAGGAAGAUCCGCUAACGUCAAACUCUUGUCUUACCAGCAUGGGCGCCAUCAAAUGUCCAAAUGGUCAUAGGACGUAUUUACUCGAACAGCCCGAUGGAGGAGCACAAAGUGUGCUUAGUCUCCCUUUGGCUUUCCCGCUGUCAUCCCUCUGCACAAACAGAGACUCCUGGGACUCCCAGAUACCUUGCUCUCCAUCCUCACCCGAGGGCCCAGAGUUUCACAACAUGGACUCCUACCAACCGCAGAGGCGAACAUCCCAAGGUUCGCUUAAAGAGAAGUCCAUCCGCCGUAAGAUGCAGGUUUAUUCUCCAGACAGCCUGAGUGACGACUCUCUCAGCAGCCCCGUCCUGGAAGCGGACUUCCUCUUCCCUGUAACCUUCGCAUCUUUCCUGGAGGAAGACCUCAGCAUACAAUCCUCACAAGACACCAAAACCAGCCCUUCUUCUACAGAUGCCACAGCGGACCCGCAGAACCUCAUUCAGGAUGAUAUUCUCCAUCUACCAACAGAAAGGCUGCCGAUGUUGGAGGACUCACAACCGGGUGUGAGACAAGAUAGUCAGUACAUGUCAAUGAUGGCAAUGGGGUGCGGCAGCACACCGCGCAGUCGCCAAGUAGACCCCGAGCGGCGGCGCUUCUCGGCCUCAGAACUGAUUUCCAGACUCCAGCUGUCCCAAAGAAAGAAUUCCUUCACCUUGAAGUUGGGGAAGUCGCUGUCAGCCCGAGUUGCCUCCAAGGACAGACAGAGUUCUGGCGGUUUAAGCCCAGAUAAUAAAUCCAACGCAAAGCAACGCAGCUCAGGAGGCUGCAGUGAGAGCGCCCCCAACAGUCCUGUAGGACCUGCACCGCCACCGUCCAGCAGUGACAAUGGAGUGCCAACGCAUUGGUGGAGCAGCAAACUUGGAAUCCGGAAGAGGUCCAUUGAGGAAGACUUGUGCACAUCGCCUGUUGUUGCUUGCUCCAAUCGCUUAUCAAGGUUCUUGCCAAAUUCCAUCUUGUAUCAAGAAUACAGCGAUGUUGCCAUUAACAGAGAGAUCCAAAGGCAACAGGGAAAGGAGCUGGGCACAGACGAGGAUGGCCUCAGAGACAUCGGUUCCGAUGGGACCUCAUCUCCAUCCAGUCUAUCUCCAUCCAGCUCCUUUUGCUCCUCGCGAGGUUCUGCUUUUGCCCUGUGGCAGGACAUCCCGGACGUGCGCUCUAGUGGUCAGCUGGACAACUUCAGCAAUGAGCAGAGAAAAUUGCAGGAGGCCAAGUUUGAGCUGGUGACAUCUGAGGCCUCAUACAUCCGAAGUUUGACCAUCGCUGUGGAUCAUUUCAUGCUGUCACAGGAGCUCUCCGAAUGUCUUGGCGCUCAGGACAAGCAGUGGCUCUUCUCCAAGCUGCCCGAAGUCAAAGAUGUCAGUGAGAGGUUUCUUCAUGACUUGGAGAGCAGGUUGGAGGAAGACAUUCUGCAUUUUGACGUGUGUGACAUUGUUCUGGAUCACUGCCCGGCUCUGCGCAGGGUCUAUUUACCUUAUGUAACCAACCAGGCUUACCAAGAACAGACCUAUCAGCGUCUCCUGCAGGAGAAAGCUCGCUUUCCUGCCACUUUGGCCCGUCUGGAGGAGGACAGCGUCUGCCAGAGACUUCCUCUGACCUCCUUUCUAAUCCUCCCAUUCCAAAGGAUCACUCGGCUUAAAAUGCUGGUGGAGAACAUCUUAAAGAGGACCACUCCAGGCUCCAGAGAUGAAGACACUGCAACAAAGGCUUUCAAUGAGUUAAAAAAGAUCAUUAAGGAGUGCAACUCCAGCGUGCAGUCCAUGAAGAGGAUGGAGGAACUCAUCCAUCUCAAUAAGAAAAUUCAGUUUGAGGGCAAGAUCUUCCCUCUGAUUUCUCAGUCUCGCUGGCUGGUGAAGCACGGUGAACUUCUGGAGGUGGACAUGCAGACCAUGAGUAUUUCGGGAUCCAAACUCAAGCUGCCCACCAAGCCAGUAUACUUGCACCUGUUCAACGACUGCCUCCUGCUGUCCAGGAGAAAAGACACAUGGAAGUUCUUGGUGUUUGUUCACGCCAAGAUAGGAGAGCUAAAAGUGAAGGAUUUGAGUCAGAAGCUGCAAGGAAUCUCAGGCUUCAUCUUCCACCUACAGUUGUGUGAAGGACAGCAACUCAAACAUCAGAUUCUGCUCAAGUCAAACACCGAAAGGAGCGGAAAGCAGCGAUGGAUUGCAGCCAUGUUUCCAUCCAAUCCUCGAGAAGACAUUGAGCAAGCCAGUGAGAAUGAUGACAUAUCUCAGGUCCAGUGCAUUAGAAGCUAUCAGGCACAAGAACAUGAUGAGUUAACACUGGAGAAGGCAGACAUUCUCCAUGCCAAGACCAUCACAAGUGACGGUUGGGUGGAAGGCAUCCGGCUGUCCGACGGGGAACGGGGCUGGUUCCCCAAGCCCUACGUGGAGGAAAUCACAAGUCGCAGUGCACGUCUCCGCAACCUUCGAGAAAAUAUUCGCAUCAAGUGUGUCACACAAAAACUGGAAGGAGAGGAAUAGCCAGCUAAGCUCCCGCAACUUCUUGAGUGGUGAACGUUUCCCAUACAAAGACACAUUAUGUGGAGGCCAGUGCGAGCAUUCGCUUGUUGCCUGCUGUAAAGAUAAAUCUCCAUUGAACUUAUAAAACCAAGCUCUUAACACUUUAUAAAGGAUAAAUAGAAAAUUAUUUGCAACUGACUCACUCGUGCACUGUAACAUUACAACGUGACAUGGAUAUGUCUCAAGCUUUUCCUUCUUUGUCGAACAUUUUUUCUAUUGACAUAUAUAUAUAUAGAGAGAGAGAGAGAGAGAGAGAGAGAGAGAGAGAGAGAGAGAGAGAGAUUCACAAUGUUUAUCUUGUCACAUUUUUUAAUCUCUGAGCCGACAGACAGCAGAGUCAAUUUAUGCAAUAAUAUGGUAAAUGGGCUGUCACUUAUAUGGUGCUUUUCUACCUCCGGUACUCACAGUGCUUUACACUGAUACCUCAUUCACCCUCUGAUGACGCAGCAUCAGAAGCAACUUGGGGUUCAGUAUCUUGCUUAAGGACACUUUGACAUGGUCACAAUGGCCAGGGAUCGAACCACCAACUUCUGGGUUGGGAAACAACUACUCUACCACUGUGCCAUGCGGCCCCCAUAUAAUAAAAGGAAAUGAACCAUCAGUGAAAAGUUUCGCAACACAUAAGCAAUAUUUUCAAGCAGCUACCUGUAUCUUAAUCAAACUGUCCAAUAAAAUACAAAUCUCCAAAUGUUUUCUUUUUUUUUGUAAUGCUCAAUAUUUUUCUAUAAGAUCAUGAAUGAAAUUCACUGGACAUUUAUAAGACAUACCAUUCCAAUACUGCCUUUUUCAGUCACACUACAACAGGAAUAAGCGUUUUGCAACGACUCUACCAAUAUUCUAAUGAUUUCUUAACGUCAAAUGUUUCUAUCUCUUCUUUUCUUUUUGACUGCUUAUAACUUAAAUGUGUAUUUAUUCUUCUUCAGCUACCGGUACGUUUCUCUAUAUGUUAAGAGUUGAUGCAUUCUAAUUUAAUUUCUAAUUUGUGAUCAGAAAUUAUGUUCAGAAAUUACGAUCACCAACCUACAUCUAAUAACACGUAUUGUAUGAGCCUGGAUGUCUGCCAAUUACUGUAACCCAAGGAAAUGAAUUGGAAUUGUUCUAUAGUGUUGUGUCUUGUCUUGGUGCAGCGUUGCAUUAAAACAGGAUUUUAAAAAACUG